GUGCGCGACCACUGGGCAGCUCAAAAACUUUUGCGUUGACUUCUUGUCUUUCAUCGUUCAAAUUAUCAUAUUAAUUUCUUUAAUUCCAAAUAACGCAACAAGAAAGAAUGCAAACACACUCGCAAGCAGACGGCCUUGAAAGAACAUGAUGAGCGCAAUUCCGCCCCAAAUUAUGAGAGAGAUGGUGCCCGGACGGGCCUUCCCGGCACCGCUGGUGGUCGUCUCGAACCGACUACCCUUUGUCCUGGCUCGAGCAGACGAUGGCCGCCUUGAACGCAAGCAAAGUGCGGGAGGUUUGGUGACCGCGGUUGCCCCAGUGGUGAUCGAGUGCAAGGGCACGUGGGUUGGAUGGCCUGGAAUUUACGACAUGCUCCCUGAGGAAACGAUUCCCGAGUCAGACGCCGGCGACCAGGCACCCACGGCAGGACUCAAGUCUGACCAGGUCGUGGCCGUGAACGUGGCCAAGGACAAGUUCGACGCGUACUACAACGGUUGCUGCAACGGAACCUUCUGGCCGCUGUUCCACUCCAUGCCCGACAGGGCUGUUUUCAAAGCGGACACUUGGAACGCCUAUUGCGAGGUUAAUGAGGAAUUCGCCCGAAGCACGCUGAAGGCUCUGCGGUCCACCCUGGCCAAGCUGGACGCUGAAGGUAGGACGGACGUGUCACCAAUCGUCUGGGUCCACGACUACCAACUCCUCGUAGCCGCCGCGUCCAUCAGGAAGGCGGCCGAGGAAGAGGGGUUGCGUUUCAGACUUGGUUUCUUCCUGCACAUUCCGUUCCCGUCGUGGGACAUCAUGCGACUCUUCCCGUGGGAUGACCAGAUUCUCCAAGGAAUGCUCGCUUGCGACGUGGUGGGUUUUCACAUCGAGGACUACUGUCUCAACUUCAUCGACUGCUGCUCUCGCCGUCUCGGAUGCAGAGUCGAUCGGAACCAGAUGAUGGUGGAGUUGGCCGGAAGGACAAUCCACAUUCGCGCCCUUCCAAUCGGAAUUCCAUUCGACCGUUUCGUGGAACUUGCAGAAAAUUCCCCGAAGGUGCUAAAAACAACAGAAGAAAAGACAAUUCUCGGCGUGGACCGACUGGACUACACCAAGGGUCUGGUGAACCGCAUUCUAGCUUUUGAGAUCCUUCUUGAAAAACACCCUGAAUACCUGGAGAAGGUCACCUUCCUUCAGAUAUCGGUUCCCUCUCGCACGGACGUCAAAGAGUACCGACAGCUCAAAGAGGAGAUGGACCAAUUGAUCGGUCGGAUCAACGGCCGUUUCUCUCGGGCCAACUGGUCGCCCAUUCGCUACAUAUACGGCUGCGUAUCCCAACAGCAGUUGGCCGCCUUCUACCGCGACUCGGCAGUGGCCCUGGUGACGCCUCUGCGCGACGGAAUGAAUCUCGUAGCCAAGGAGUACGUGGCCUGCCAGAUCAGGGAACCAGGCGUGCUGAUUUUGUCUCCAUUUGCUGGUGCCGGCGGCGCCAUGCACGAGGCCCUUGUCGUCAACCCGUACGAGUUGGACCAGGUGGCCGAGACCAUCCACAGGGCCCUUUCGAUGCCUCUGGACGAGCGUGAGUUGCGAAUGACGCAGCUGCGCAGGCGAGAACGCCACAACGACGUGUCCCGAUGGCUCGAGUCUUUCCUGGACGCCAUGGGAGGCGUCGAAGACGGAUCGUCUCUGGCCGGUUCCCUGUCACCGCUCACCCUAGACGAUUUUGGGCAGUUCUUGGACCUGGACGCCGCCUGCAAACUCAGCCUGAUUCUUGACUACGACGGCACCUUGGCUCACCUGGCAGCGCACCCUGACCUCGCAAUCAUGCCUGCAGAGACGAGGAGGGUCCUUGAGAGGUUGGCCAAUAUGUCCGAUGUGAACGUGGUGGUCAUUUCCGGACGUUCGCUGGGCAAUUUGAGCAGGAUGGUUGGCAUUGACGGCAUCACCUAUGCUGGCAGCCACGGCUUGGAGAUCCUCCACCCUGACGGAACGAAAUUCGUCCAUCCUGUGCCAUUGGAAUACGAGGAGAAGUUGAGGGAGUUGCUGAAAGCGCUGCAAGAUGAGGUGUGCCGUGAUGGAGCCUGGGUGGAGAACAAAGGCGUUCUGCUGACAUUCCACUACCGGGAAACUCCAGUAACAGCCAGGGCUGCGAUUGUGAAGCGUGCCGGCCAAAUUUUCAAAGAAGCCGGAUUCGAGCCGCACGCAGCACACAUGGCAAUCGAGGCAAAGCCGCCUGUGCGCUGGGACCAAGGACGGGCUUCUAUCUACAUUCUGCGCACCAUGUAUGGCGUUGACUGGACCGAGAGAGUUCGAGUUAUAUACGCUGGAAAUGAAGACGCAAUGCAAGCGCUGCAGGGAAUAGCCUGCACCUUCAGAGUCGACUCAAGUCCAGCCGUUCGUACCGCAGCCAACUUCAGGCUGGCAGAUCCAGAUGCAGUUUUGACUAUGCUCAAGUGGGUAGAGAAGCAGAUGAACAAGAGGUCUCCAAGGUUAUCGAGGUCUCCGCGCCUUGGUAGAUCGCCGACUCAGUGCAUUCACGCGCAAAUGAGCUUUGAAGACGACGAUGACGAUAUCCGUAAAUCGCAUGGUCUCAAAGCAAUUGUGCGAACGGCUCCACGUGAGACCCUGGUCAAUAAGGCCUUAUGAAAAAAAGACUCGGUUGGCUGUGAGAUUGUGUACAUACACGCAUAAGUUAGGCAUUUAGGUUGUUAAUUGUGAUCAUUUAUUAAACUAUAUUGCUAUUCUUGUAAAAAAAA